AGUAAAUUGUCCGGUUCACUUCAGUCUGCGGAAUCCAGAAACAAGUGAGAGCAGUAAAUACGUGUCAAAUUCAACAUUUCAGCAAGCUUUCCCGAAGACGUGUGAAGGGACGCCGCAGCGUUGCCUUGCCACAGCUUGUUUGAGUCCCCUCCAGCAGCAGCAGCAGACCGGGUCCGGCUGUCAGCUGUGUGCAGUGAAGCACACACACGCACCGCACACAUACCAGACACACACACCUUAGAUGAUGGUGGACUCCACGUUGGCUCAAGUGGGCAAAAAUCUGAGUGAAGCCAUGAGAAUCCUGGAAGAUGGACAGAGAGAGAAUGAGGUAGGGCCAGAGAAGUGGCGCCUCAACAGAACCAGCAUCCCUGGACCCCUGCAGGGAGAUGGUCAGGAUGUUGCCACUAUUUUGCACCUUGUCCACAACCUCAUUCAUGAUGAGGAGGAGGAAGAGGACAAACCAAGCCAACAUAGGAUGCAGAAUGUGGGUGAACAGGGUCACAUGGCCUUGCUGGGUCACAGCCUGGCAGCCUACAUAUCUGUGUUGGACAGAGAGCGGCUACGGAAGUUGACUACUCGGAUCCUGUCUGACACCACACUGUGGCUCUGCAGACUGUUCAGGUAUGAGAACGGUUCAGCCUACUUCCAUGAGGAUGACAGGGAUGGCCUAGUCAAAGUGUGUCGGCUGGUCAUUAAUGCCCGUUAUGAAGAGUAUGCCUCUGAGGGCUAUGCAAUCCUCAGCUCCAAACAGCCAGUCAUCUACCAGAGUGCCUCUGGCAGACCCGGACUGGGGCAGCAUCUGUGCAGCCAGCUUGGCCUGCCUCUCUCUAGUCUGUGUACAGUCCCAUGCAAUACCAUCUUUGGAUCCCAACACCAAAUGGACAUUGCCCUGUUGGACAAACUAAUCAAAGAGGACAUAGAAGCUGGGAAGCUUCCUCUGCUGUUGAUUGCCAAUGCAGGCACCCCUGGGGCAGGACAUACAGACAAAUUGGGUCGUCUGAAAGACUUGUGUGAUCAGUACAGCAUGUGGCUGCAUGUGGAGGGGGUCAACCUGGCAACCCUAGCACUGGGUCAGAUCACCUCUGCUAUCAUGGCAGCCACCAAAAGUGACAGUAUGACACUGACACCAGGUCAGUGGCUGGGACUACCUGCUGUAACUGCUGUCACCCUUUACAGACAUGAGGACCCAGCACUGUCACUGGCAGCAGGUUUGACCUCCAGCCAGCCGGUAGCGAAGCUUCGAGCACUGCCUCUCUGGCUCUCCCUGCAGUACCUUGGUCACAAUGGCAUUGUGGAAAAGAUCAGACAUGCCACAGCUCUAAGCCAGCAACUCCUGCAGAAGCUAAAAGCUCUCACCUCCAUCAAAACAUCAGUGGAGGAUGAACUCAGCUCUCCUGUGGUACUGUUCAAGUUUUCCCAGGAAAGUAGUGCUGCAUCCAGUGGGGGUUCAGUGGAAGGUUACUGCGCUGGGGAGAAAGAGGUGCUUGAUUCCUUCAACAGAUGGCUGGGUGAACAACUGGUUCAGCUGGUUCCCACCAGUGGGGUAGAUGUAGUGGAGCUUGAGGACGAAGGUACAUGUGUUCGCUUCAGUCCCCUCCUGACUGCGGCAGUUCUGGGGACCCAGCAGGAGAACGUAGAGGAACUGGUGGAGAAGCUGUCAGAGCUGGUGCCUUUGAUGUGCUCCACGAUGUGCCUCAGACAGGACUUCAGAGAGGAAAUCCACCGACACUCACCCUCACUCAGAUACAUAGAGGACCUUAGCUGGCCUGGCCUUGGUGUUGUCAGGUACGAGCCUCAGGCUGAAGGAAUGGAUGAGAGCAGGAGGAAGCAGGAGUUGGAGAAAAUCAACACUGAGCUGCUGAAGAAACUACAAGACCUGGAUACUGACAUCAUUUUCUCCACUGGCCCUGAGUUUGGGACAGAGGAGGACUGUAUUUUUGUUGGCAUGGUCACAGAGGACGUUGAUGUCACAGAGUUGGUGGAUACUGUUGCGGCCCUCGGGAGGGACAUAGAGGAGAGCGGAAGGCUAUUGGAGAACAUGACAGAGGUGGUGAGGAAAGGCAUCCUGGAGGCAGAGCUGCAGCUGCAGAAGGCCAAUGAGGAGAAACUCAUGGAAGAGGGGAUGCUGCGACAGAUUCCUCUGGUUGGCUCUGUCUUAAACUGGUUCUCUCCAUUUGAAAGCUCCAUAAAGGGGAGGACCUUCAACUUGGCUGCAGGUUCCCUGGACUCCACAGAGACCACAUACUCCACCAAGGCUCAGGCAGGCAGGCCCAACCUACAAGAAACUCCCACCUCCUCAUCAAAGAAAUUACCAGGUCAGAGGUUAUUCCGUCGUUCAGGGGUGGGCUCUGACUCUUUUAGUGAAACCAGCUCCAUUGGACAAGCUGAGGAGACAACCAGGGACGGGAGCAGCACUCAAAGUGGUAGCAUCCACCCACCCACCUCUCCACCCGUACCUAAAGAGGACUCUCACACUGCUUGUGAUGUCACACCAGAGAAAAUCCAGGAAUCCUCUGUGCAGGAGCACUCACAGGUCGAGGAUGAAGUGGCGUCAGAGGAGAGGCAGCCUGAAGGCCCAGAGGUGGAGCAGAGUGAGAGAUAGGAUGACUCUCUCUACAGGUGUCCUCCAACCGUCCUCCAAAUGGUACCAGUCUAACAGAUGUUAAAAAGAAAGGUGUUAUUACAUUAAGAAUCUAACUUUUCCAAUUUUGAAGGGAAACCGAUUGAGAGCUAGACUGGGCUGUUUGUCUCUGUCACAGUUAAUGGCAAAGUCCACCCUGGAUUCUUUUACUGUGAUGCUCAGUUCAGUGCAUUCUAGUUAUUUAGUGAUAGUGUUCUAAUAUAAUGCCUGUUGCUGCAGCAGUCUGAUAAAUAUGUUUUCCAACAAUUUUCAGAAUUGCCUUUUGACCACUCCAACACUGGACAUGAGAGGGUUGCUCUCAUUCCACAGUGUACUGGUAUACAUAAAACAUAUGUCUGGGGGAAAAAAAUAAGCACAUCUGCCUUGCCUCUUAUGUGCUGAAUUCUCAUGGUAUCAUUUUUUUCUGUACAUUUAUGAAAAAUGUUCUGCUAUCAAACUCCUCUGUAGCUGCACUCAAAAUAUCUUGACAGAUCAUGUCCAGAGGUGGGUAGAGGAACCAAAAACUGUAAUUGAGUAAAAGUACUGUUACGUUGCAACAACAAGGACUCAAGUAGAAGUAAAAGUAGUCAUUUAAAUGACUAUUUGAGUUAGAGUAUUAAAGUACUUACUGAAAAAACGACUUGAGUAGUGAGCAACUUAAAGGAGCACUUCACCCACCAUGUGACCAUUUGUAUAGCAAUUACUCACCGCAUGUUACGUUGAAUUCCUGAAGACAACUGUAUUUUUAUCUCAUGCCUCCUCUGUGAAUGGAGAAUCUAAAAAAGGUGAACAUUCUUCAUGAAUUGAAGUCACUGGGGAUCACGUUUAACAACAG